AUGGUAAACACAAAAGGCAUCUCCUAUUUGAAGAUCCAAUACGUCAAGGAUGACAAGUUCGAGAUCAGAGACCAUGGGUCUUAUACACAAGACCAAAAAGAGGUUGACUUUGAAGUAGAGUAUCUAGAAGAAUACAUCACUGCGGUAACCAUCUCAUGGACUCUUACAUCAACGGAACCUCAAGUGAUGGUGAUUGUGCUUCUAACCUCAUACUCAAGAUCGGAGGUGCUUGGUAUACCGUGGAUAGCAAUAGCAAGCAGUACGUGUUGA